AUAAAAAGUCUAUAUGGCACGCUCUUUAUAUAGCUGAUUUCAUGCCCUUCUGUGGCACACUUAUGGAUCACCAAAGCCUGUGGAACCCCAAAACUACACCUGCCCUGCUAUUUUACAACUUCCUGUUGUGACUUGUGAAAUAUUCCAAAUGAUUUAUUAGGGGUUUAAUACUUAUUCACAUAAAAGGGUUGAGUGAACAUUUUCAUAACCUAUAAUGGAUGAAUCAUACGAAACUAUAUUUCUAGAACGAGAUGUUACAUGAGUUCACUCAAAAAUAACAAGCUUUCUGAAGUAUUUAUGAUUAUAUUCCAAAGUAAAGUUUAGUAGUGGGCUGAGGCAGGCCAAAAAUUACUUUAAGUGUCUUAGGUUUUUUGUCUGUUUUUUUUGUUUGUUUGUUUGUUUGUUUGUUUUGUUUUGUUUUUCUGCACCAUCAUAAGUUACUGAAGUUCUUUUCCUAAAAUCUGCAGAAAAGUUGCAUUUAAGACUUAAUUUCUCUCGAAGACUCGAGAGCUGAACAGACGUGACAAAUGUGACGUGAAGGACUCAGAUCUGGAGGUGAGGUGAACUAACAGACUGCAUAACCUGAAGACCUAAUGCUAAGCUAUUAAUUAAUCAUUUCUGUUUCUUAUCAUUCGGCCUUGGCUGCAUUAGCCUACAUUUUAUUUUAUAGUUUAUUAAGUACUAGAUGUGUUGGGGAAUUUAACAUGUAACAAUUUAAUUAUAUUCUGCUGAAACGAACGAAAUGACUCGACAAAAGAUUCGCUCAUCAGUAAAAUGAUCCGAACUUCCCAUCACUAAUAGUGAUGUGACGGUUAUGGAGACCCCGCCUCCAAGCAAGCCCGAGGCCCCGCCUAAGUAAAUGUAUCAGCGGCACACAAAAGGUUCGUUAAUAGCAGAAUCAGUCCAUACUCCAGUCACUGAAAUGGAGUUGUAGGUAAGGCUAGGCUGCUAGCCAGUAAAAGCUACCACAAGAUUUCGAGGUGGACUUUUAGACUAUAAAAUGUGUACACAAUUACUAUCUGAGUACAAUAAACCUAACAAUUCAUACACUACCAAGACUCCUUAAGCCUAUAUAGAGCGUAGCAUACUAAUGGAAAUGCAUUAUCUCUCUUUUGUGUGCUCUUUACAUCUGAGCACUCACUGGUGCCUGGCGGCCAUAUUUUCUCACUGACUUCAAUACACUGAUGUAAAGCUAAAAGCAAUAAAUGAAUCGACUAGAGCACGCGACCAGCGGAAGCUCGCCGGCUGCCAUGUCAGCUUUUAGCCAACUCCUACUUUUCCCUUUCCUCAGAGAAUACAGCUGAUUAGCUCUCAACUGCUUAGUGAGAAGCGGCUGUCCUGCCUCCAGCGCUUUCACAGUCGGACCGUUACUGCUCCAGACCGGUUCGGGACACACACACACACACACACACAUGAACACACACCGUGAUGAAGAACUGUUGGAGUGAAAAGAGACUGUUGGUUUUCCUGGAGAGCCGUGUGGGUUUGCUGUGCGACUCGCGGAGCUCAGCGGCGCACUGAGACAAGCGCAAAGUCCCAGACACAUCACAACAUGAGAAAACCCAAAAUCAACCGCAUGGUGCUUGCGAUGUGCCUGGGGUCCUUCAUUAUGCUCAUAUUUUAUUUCCAGAGUCACUUGAAACCAGCACAGGACAGUGGGCAGGCCAGAGGACCCAGGAAGUCUGUGAGGAGUCCACUCCAAGCCCUUUAUACUACUGACCCUACAGAAUUGUCUCCACUUCAGCUGAUGCAUCAAAGUCGGCGUGACCUCCUGGAGGAUGUGUGCCACUCUUAUACUAACAAACGUCGUGUCCUGAUCCCAGAGGACCUCAAGCACCUGAUCGUGGAUGAUCACCAUGGCCUGCUUUACUGCUACGUCCCCAAAGUCGCUUGCACAAAUUGGAAGCGUGUCCUGAUGGUCCUGACAGGUGAUUCGCAGAGAGACCCCCUUCAGAUUCCCGCCAAUGAGGCGCACAUCCCAGGCACCCUGCGCACUCUGUCCGAGUACUCUACCUCUGAAAUCAACCAGCGUCUACGCACCUACCUAAAGUUUGUGUUUGUGCGUGAACCCUUUGAGCGGCUUGUGUCAGCGUACCGCAACAAGUUCACGCGCAGCUACAACACAGCCUUUCACAAGCGCUACGGCACCAAGAUAAUCCAGCGGCACCGUGCUGAGGCAAGUCCCGAGGCACUGGAGCGUGGAGAUGAUGUCUCAUUCUCAGAGUUUGUGCGCUACCUGGUGGACCCUGGCACGCAGCAUGAAGAGCCCUUCAACGAGCACUGGGAGCGUGUGCACUCUCUCUGUCACCCCUGCCUCAUACACUACAACAUUCUAGGCAAGUACGAGACGCUGCAGCAGGACUCCAGCUAUGUGCUCAAACUGGCCGGUGUAGACAGCGAGGUGACGUUUCCCAGCUCGGCCACAAGCACACACACCACGGCAGACAUGGUGGCUAGCUACUUUAAGGAUAUCAGCUCAGCCUAUCAGAAAAAGCUGUACAACCUGUACAAGAUGGACUUUCUGCUUUUUAACUAUUCUAUGCCUGCCUACCUGAAGUUCACAUAAGGCCUGGUGCCUUUUAUUAAUAUUCUGAGACAAGUUUUUAAUUUUUGUCUGCACAAGUUCAUCUGUGAGUAUUGAAACUGUUUCAGUGGUUAUUGUACGGUACUAUUAUCACUGAAUGCAGUGGAACUGCAAUUAACAAUUUGCACGAAGAACAUCUCAGUUUGACGAUCUGGAAGUUCUCGCUCAGCCUUUUUUGUCUUUCAAUUUAACUGCCAUUUGAGUUGCAGAUAAAAAGGAAUUCAUGUUGGGCAUCUAUCAGGAGGAUGUCUCAGAGAAGCCCCUGCUCUUUUCCUUCUGAUUAACUAGUGAAUACUGACUUUUCCUUCCCAGGUAUCUGUCCUCUGUGGAGAAGAGUGAAGAACUUGAUGGAAACAUACCAUUUGAGAUGGAGGUGUGCAUUCUUCAACAUGUUACCCCUCUUAGCCAUCAUGGACAAAGCGUACUGCUUUCUGCUUGUGCCUUGAGGAUGAGGAUUGUAAAGAAUCAGAAACUGUGAGGCAGAACAGUAACUGUUUGACAGAACAGUAUUAAAAACAUGUCAUAUUUACAAUGAUACAAAGCAUGAAAGUGACAGUUAUUUAUUAUGAAUCCCUCCACUUCAGAUAGUUUUGACUCAACAUUCAACACCUCUGUUAUUACAGAUAAACUCAAAUAAAGCAGAAAAUCUGACCUCUCUUUGCCCUCUAUUGGAACUGAACCUUUUGUGUGUGUAUAUCUGUGCUUUCUAAAAAUAUUACAUAUCAAAAACUUAGACAUAUUUUAUGCAGAUUAUUUCUAGUUCAGUAAACAGUAAUCAUGUACACACACACACAUAUAUAUAUACCUGGAGCCUAUCCCAGGCAGCAUCGGGCACAAGGCAGGGUACACCCCGGACAGGGUGCCAGUCCAUCGCAGGGCACACAAUCACACACACAUUCAUACACUACGGACACUUUAGACACGCCAAUCAGCCUACCAUGCAUGUCUUUGGACUGGGGGAGGAAACCGGAGUACCCAGAGGAAACCCCCGCAGCACGGGGAGAACAUGCAAACUCCGCACACGCAGAGCCGCGGGAAUCUUCUAAACAUUAUUAUUAUUAUUA